UGGAAGAAGUUGACGGAUACUAUAAAUUUUAUAAUUUGAGAGAAAAUUAUAUGUUCCAUUAGUUUAGAAGUGAUACAUGUGAUAAAUAUUGGUCGAUAAUUAUGGCAAGAAGAUGAAGGCCCUUUUUUGGGGACUGGGAUGACUUUGCCUAUUUUCCAGUCACAGGGUAUAAUGGCUGAUGAAAGGGAUUGCUGAAAGAUAUGAGACAAUAUGGUGCUAGUUGCACGUUUUGUAUUUUUUAACACUUUAGUAUUAAUUUUGUCGACACCAGCUGAGGCGGUUAAUUUAAAAGAGUCGAUUAUUUUGACAAUGCCAUCAGGUUCAAAGAUGAAGCCCGGCAUAGGUGGAAAGUUAAAGGAAGGGAAAUCGGGUAAUUCAUUAUCCGGUUCGUGGGUGAAAACUGAGCUGAAUGAUAAACUCAAAACUUCUGCCACGUCAUGAUCUUCAAUUGGAUUAUUAUCAUCGUCACACAGUGUUAUGUUUCUGAUGGGGUUAGGAUUGAUGCAUUUCCAGAAUUGACGUGGGUUUGUACGAAUCAUGUCGGGUAGAGUAGAAGAAAAAAAAAUAUGGCUCAACUUUCUCUACCAUAUAGCUUUUUAUAUAGUAAUAGUAUUCUAAUUACUUUGAAUAAUGUCAGUUUGGUACUUCGAGAAACCAGGCACGUGACACAACAUGGCAUGAAAUGUAGGCAAUGGAGGCAGCAUUUCUUGUGGUUAUAGGGUUCCUAAGAAACAUAACAGUUCAGUGUAUGUCACCCUGUGCUCAUCAAGUCAUUAUAAAUGCCUUUUUGCCUUCAGAUCUAUCAUGUCCCAGCCCUCUGCUUACAUCAAGGGGGGUAUUCUGUAAGUGUCCACCUAGUGGACAUGCAUGCCAGAGUGCUCAUCGGCUGGGGGCGCCCGUCUCCUUCUGAUGCAUAUUCCAGACCAGCUAGUCAGAACUUCAGCAGUGCGCUUCCACACUCUCAUAUGUCGUUGGCGGUAGCUUUUCGUUUACAGUUUAAGAAGUUGUAAACACUGUUAAUAACUAGUAGAUCUUAAAUGCUUUAUAAAAACAUUCCGAUUCGAUUACCCAUUAUGUGCACAGUAUUCAAAGCAGGGGAAUGCAACCACUACUCUUAUCAUUUUAUACUCCACAUAUGCUGUUGCUAAUGCCAAUAUAUAUAUUGCUGGAAGUUACUUGAUAAUGUGCAAGUGAAUGAAACUUUUAUAAUAGCACUUGUAUACCCCAAUUAGUUUGGAGUAGCGGAGCAAACCUCGAAGUGUUUUAAAGUGUAGUUGCAUUCAAAUGAAUCUCAAUAAUAGGAUAGGCGCCACAUCAGAGCAGUCAUGUGUUUCAUUGUGUCAUGUCUAAAGCAAGAAAAGGAAUGUUUGCGUUCGUCAGUCUCCCACUUUUCUUUAAAAUAUAGAACAAAGUCUUUGCAGUGUGAUAAUGCUGGAGACAUUUAUUCUCACAAUACUAGGUUGUUCGUUGUGUCGACAAGGUGUAUGAUUGCACAAUAGCAAACAAUUUUUGUGACCCUCCUGUGAACUUCUGCUUCUGGUGCCAUUAACCAUUUUUCUUUCGCCUGAUCUUCUGUUGUCACCCAGUCAGUUCUGUCAAACUGUGGGUGUGAUAUGCACCAAAAAAAUGGCAUUCUAGUUUUUUUCAACAUGCCUAAUGUGUUUUCUUUUUUGUUACAGGUCUGUACGAUCCAGAAACAGAAUUGUGAAGAUCAUCAUUACAGAGCACAUAGUUGUUAGCACGCUAUUACAGAACCAGAUCAAGGAUAAAUGAUACUACAUGUUACAGGCUUGACAGAAAUUACCUUUAUUUGAAAAGUUUGCUGAAGAGAAAUAAACUUUCUUCAAGUUACUCUUUUUUUAGUUCGUCUGCUAGAGAGUUGUAUACCAGUCAAAAAACAAAGCAAAUGAAAACAUAUCUCUUUUAACCUUAUGAUCACAGUCAGUUUCUCAUUUCAUGAACUCAUUACAAAAAUUGCAAUGCGAAUGUUCUAUCAUAAAAUCAUGCUUUGUAAAGUGAGAUGUAGCUGCAGUGCUGGUGACCUUGACUUUAUGUCAUGUUGGCUAUGUCAUAUGUUCCUGUAGUUAAUUAUGAAACCAUCAUUUAGAGCAAAUAUUGCAUGGUGCUUAAUUUUAUGGCUGGUUGGCUCUUGAUGUAGUGGCAAAUAGAGAAUUAAAGAACACAUAAUCAUAGCAUUUGACAAAAAAAAAGUUGGAUAUCUUGAUGAUGAACUGAAAAGGGAAGUGCUAAAGUUUAUUUUCACACAUUAUUUCCCAUGUGUGUCAUACAGUCUCUGCCAAAUGUACCAGAGACAUACAAAGUCAGACUGGCAAAGUUGAAGAAAAUCACUGUAAAGCAAAGCAUACAUAAAUGGGAAGGAAGCAGCUAAUUGAAGAGAAACAAGAUUGGUUAUUUCUGUUUGCAUUGAUUGACAGUUGUGUGAUGUCAGUUACUUUAUUGAAAGUUACUUUGUCAUGUCUUGCAUAUUGUGUAAAGCCUUUCUUAGAUUGAUGUGUUGUGGUUUUUUGUACCUUUUAGGUGCACAGGACUGCAGAUGAUGUACUUGUAUGUGCUGUUUCAAGUUCAAGAAGCGUUUGCUUGAACAAGAAACCACUGCUCGUCGUCGCAUUUGGCCUGCUGAUGUAGCAACAUUUGCAAGAUGCAAGGGGCUGAAACAACGAGUGGAUGCUUGGAGUACCAGGAAAAGAUGGAGAUUGAAAUGACUAGUUAUUAUAUCUGGAGAACAGCUGUCACAUUUAGACUGCCCAGUGUUUGCUGCAGAGCGUGGAACUUUCACUGGUGAACUGCAAUGUGGAGCAAAUUGUCACGCUAAUGAUAAUUUAGUGUUUCUGUCAGAGACCCUCGCCCUUCUAGAAGACGGUGUUUUACAUACUUGUGGUGAUUAUGAGUGAAAUGGAGUAACUGAGCACAGGGGUGACGUUUGUCAUCGCUAGAAAGUGCUAGGUGAGAUGGAUGGAAAAUUCUACAGCCACACACCCAGCAAAGUGUGGGCAUCUGACCUAUGGAUUGUCCAGUUCAGUUCCUUGCUGCUGGCUUACUCAUCGUGCCUCAUGGUGCCAUUUAGUGCAGCAGAACCAACUUAUUCAACUUUUACCACUGUGAUGUAAUCAAAAUCGGGUGUCUUGAAAAUAGCUACUGGCAUGUAUUUUUGCAAGGGAUGUUUGCCUGUGGCUCACAAUGUCAUUGUUCUUAUCAGAGUUGUCGACAUUGCAGCCUAGGUUUGAAAGGGAGGCCAGGUUUGGUCACAUGGUUAUAGAAGGUGGUAGCAAUGUUGCCAAGGAGAAAACAGUAGCUAAAUGACUCCAGUGGCAAAACAAAAUGAGAUCACUGCAAAAAGAGGUGGGCAGGCAAUAUCAGGAAUGAUUUGAACACCAAAAUACAUGAGCAAGCAUUGGUGACUGACAAGGCAAAGUGAAAAAAGAAAAGAACAGUGACCGAAUAUAAAAUUGGACAUUUCCUACUGAAAAAAGUUUCCUUGCUGUGAAGAGGCACAAAUUUGACGUCUGUCAUUCUAAUUUCUCCCAUCUGACUCGUAGUUAACAUGUCCAUAUAUAGCACUGAUAGCCUAGUAGCACUGGUAGCCCAUUUGCCAGUCUUCUCCAAGUCUUAGUGAAUGUGUUUCUGUAGCCGCAUAUUUAUUGUGCUCACUUCUCAGCAGUUGGCCUGUUGUGGGAGAACUGUAGAAAAGGUCAAGUCCCAACUAUGCAGUUAGUGAAGUUACAAGUGAUAACAUAAAAAAAAACAUAGGCUAUCUUCCACUGUUCUUGUUCACUGUGACAUUUAGAAAGCAAUCACUGUUUGGUGGUUUGGUUAAACAUUUCUGCCAGCUUAGAUGGUUCAUGUGAGAACUGUCGAACAUUACCUAGCCCAGAUAUGUUGCGAUUAUCUCUGUGACAGUUACUGUCACAUUCUAAAGAGUUUGUCUUCUUGACUCAGUUCAAUAAAGCGGAUAUGACAAUGCCACCCUCGAGCGGAGUGGCCACUGUGCUUCGACAAGACUCCAUGAUGAUUGCCUAGUGAAAAUUUCAUAACUUGGCAUUCAAGGUCUAUUCGAAUGCACUUGAGUGUUUCCAAUUCGUCUCAUUGUAAGGUUCACCCAGGGAAAUCGUUUAAGUGCUGUAUCUUCGGCAGUUGAGGAAAAGCGCUGUGUGUGUCACAUUCAUGUGGCGCAGUUAAAAAAUGAGGUUCAAGUUGAGGCUUGUUUGUGAAUACUCGGCCUAACGUAUUACUUAGGCACAUGUCACUCUGUUCCUUUAGCAAUGUGUUCAUUGUUUCAAUUUCUACUAGCCUCCAACAGUGUUAUCAUCCUUAUUUUUUCAUAAGUAUUUCAAUUCUAAGGUUUCCAUUCACUUCGAUGAUGCCCGUAGCCAUGUAAUAUUGUGGAGGCUCAACCAAAAGCCAAUCUACUCUUUGCUGACCACUGCCACUUUCUUGUUCAAAUGAUAGACAGCCCUGCAAAGCCAGCCGCAGCGUCCACUGCGGACCUGAUCAAGCGAGAGGGGAUCAGCUGCUCACUGUGUGGCACGGACCUGGUGACGGAAGACCAGUUGCGAGCACACCGUUGCAGUGAGAGGCCACUGCCCCGCGGACGGGGCCGCUAUGCAUGCCGCUACUGCCGCUUCGCCUGCAACGACCGGCUUGAACACAGUCUGCACCAGACACAGCACCUCAAGGACAGACCGUUCAGCUGUGGUGUGUGCGGCAAGGCAUUUGCACGCAACAGUGACCGCAACCGGCAUGUCAAGAUCCACACGGGGGUCCGGCCCUUCCAGUGCGACGUGUGCUCGCGUAAAUUCCGGCAGUCGUGGCACCUCCAGUAUCACCGCAGCACCCACACAGACUUCUGAUGCCGGCGACACAGGUUUCUGAUGUCACCAGUGAUGGCAUUUUGGCCAACAGAGAUCUGAGCUUCAUCGUGGGAUGUGUCUGCAACAGCCGAGCCUGCACAUCAUUCAGUGGUGUCUAGCAGCACAGCUGCGGCAACCAUCUGUCGUGCCUGCGUCCUACGAGUCUCGUUGCUUCUUAAGAUCUCGCUUGCGACUCUUACUUUGUUUGAGCCACUGAAACGUCCAUUGUGUGCACUGAGGCUGUGCCCUUGCCGUGUGGGUGCAUGUGCGUCUCAUGAUACAGGGUCUUGCAUGUUGUGCAUAUGGCCAAUAUGAAAUGUGGACCUUUUGUUGGAUGUUCCUUGCUUCUUUCUGUAUGAAAUGGAUGAGUAGCAUCAGUAGGUAUGUUAGCUGUACUAACUAAAUAUUGCCACAAAUUUUGAAAGACACAUAGUGGUGGGCUAUACAUAAAUAGAAUCAGCUUAAGUUGCUACCUGUGGCCUUUUCUAAAGUUGACUUUUUUUCAGCACUUUGUACAAGAGUAAUUAAGCUACCUUUCAGUUAUUCACCAUGGCAUCAUUUACUAAGUUGUAGGGGACGAUGGUCUUUAAAUCAAUUUAAACCAAACAACUUAUCAGGCCUAAUUAAAAAAUACUCAGUAGCAGCAUAUGGCCGAUUCCACUCAUGUAGCAUGUAGAGCCCUCCAUUAUAUUUAAAAGCCUCUGCAACAUUUUGUUGGAACAGCUGCUACGCAGUGCCUAACUGCUACUGCAGGGAUGCAUAUCUAAGCUUUGUGACAUAGCCAUCAACUCUGGCUUGCUAGAAGGGGAGCACAUUGGACUUGGAACAGAAUUCAUUCGUGUUUUAUCUUAGCCACCUGAAUUACCAGCUGGAAAACUGUAGCCUGCACUGUUGGACAAUUGGCACCGGAGUCUUGCACGCAUGGGUUGCUACACGUGCUCUGCUUUUUUUUGCAUGCGUUGUGCACAAACGUCAUGCAAUUCUUCUUGUCAACAAUAAUUCUCAGCAUAAGCCUGCGAAACAAAACUGCAAGCUUGUGUAUUUGUUACUGCUACGAUAAUACAAGACAGUAAUCCCUCGCAGGUAACCAGGUCAAUAUGAAAGUAAGUAUCAAGGAAGGCAGAUGUAUACCUACGAGAAGUUUCCGUGCCAAAAACCCAGCAUCUAAACUAAGGCUUUUUGUUAUUUCUAAAUUAUGUGACGUUAAGUGUGCUGUGUUUUACCAGUAAUGCUUGCGUGCACCCCAUGCAUGAAUUCAACAGACGAGUCGUGAAACUGUGUAGUGGAAAACUUGGUCAAAGAAGUUUCGUCCGACCUGUUCGUAAUACUGUAAAGUUGUUGAGUUUAAGUUAACUUACUGGCAAACUAUGGCAGUUUACUAAGUCAGCAACAUGGUACCAAAGAAUCAAAAUAUUUGCUGUAGGAGCUUGCCCUUUAACUGCCUUUUACAAGAAGCGUUAUCUCUCUAGCACAAUAUAAGAGACCAUGAAAAUUCAUUGUAACAUCCAACUCUGCAAACUUGAACUCUUCUGAACCUCUUCAGCACGAGCAUAGAUUUGUUUUUCUUUAGGUGGGGAGUUGUCUCUUGCAGAAAAAUUCUUUAGAAAUCUUAAUUCUUUAAGUUACGGCGCUGUAAACUUGUAGACAAAUGUAAUUUUAUAUGCCCAUUUCAAAUAUAUGGAAUCCAUUUUUGUUUAUAUCAUUUGUUCAUAAUGUGAUUGAAGUUUCAUUUACCUAAUAUAAUGUUCAGCAAAAUUUGCAAGAGAUCAAUUAUUCAGAUUUGACUGGAGAAGUUAUCAGUGGCUUCGGCAUGAUUCAAGAAAUACAGCAAGACCAACCUUGUUGCUUUAGCUAACCUAGAACAAGAGUUGCAGGACUUGGAAGUUGACACUCGGAGUUCUGUUCUCUUUGGAAGUCUCUUUCGAAGCCUCACAACUCUUGCUGUCUUGCUUACAAGUAAAAGAAAAUUUCAUAUAAUUUAAACCGAAUUAGGUAAACAAUAAUGGAGUUCAUAUUUGAAAUAAGCGCAUAAAGUUAGAUACAUCUACAAACUCUACAAGAUGUCAGCGCCACAACUUGAGAAAUAAAGAUUUUAAGUUUUUUUUUUUUUUCCCCUAAGAUCCAUUUCACCCCUUAAAAGUCGUUGCGCUCUGUGCCACUGCAUAUAUUGCUUGCAUGCGAGUUCUGCUGCAGUGAAGUCAUCGCUUCGAAGAUAAAAGGUGAAAAGCUGAUAGGGGAAAAGAAAAUAUGCAGAUCCAACGCACAUCUUGGAAUCUAUGUGAAGCGAUGCUUUCGUGAAGCAGUCAGUGAAAUGCCACAGAUGUUGCCACUUCAUUCCUGCGUCUUUGACAUGAAACUGCCGCGCGUAAAUGUGCUCCCACACAACUCGCUGGCCAGUGUGACAUCUCCAGGAGCUAGUUGGCACGAUAGAAGCAUGCGUGCAACUGUGGCCUGACGGUUAGAGUCUUGGGCUGCUGUGCUGGGGGUUUGAUCCCACCAUCGGGCAUGUAAUUCAAUUUCUUUUCUUUAAAGUGUGAGCUAUUUUACAACGCAGUCGAGAAAGUCCAGGAGAGUUUGCUUUAAAAUUGGGCUACGUAUAGCACACAACAACCUAAUGCUUGUAAACGAAAGGUGAUGACUUUUCGCUGGAACUCUAAGAAUGUUACCUUUACGAAGUUUAAGGGUGAAGUUUUGUUUGGUAAGUUGCGGCGAUUAGGGAGGGGGCAUUCAGUUUCUCUGAUGCGUCGCUCGCCCUCUAAAGCCACUGAGCAUUAAACUUGCAUUAUUUCCAAUCUGUUUGUGAUUUGCAUGGACCAGGCAGUUACUUUGGACACUAGACACUGGCAGAAGCUGCCUCGCCUAUUUACAUAAUUAUCACAGCAUACAACGCUGAGAUCUGGGACAAGUGCUAACUUCCGCAACUGCCUCUGCAGAUGCAUCCAAUAGGACUUGAUAAUGGGGCUGCGACCUACUGCAUUGCAGUUUACUCGGUGCAAGCCAUUUACUGUAUAGCGUCACUUGGCUCCAUAGUUUUCAGAGCAUAAUAUUUUGCAAAUUCAUUGUAUAUGUCCCCGUGAAGGUCUUCUUCAAGAACCAAGCUUUCUCUUGUGCAGAAGGUGAUGGCAUGUUGCGCCCAUGAUGCAAGAAAGCAACACAUUCAGUUAAGAAGUUUAAGGCAACCCACUGAAAUAUGGGCUCUCCGUAUAGGAAACAUGCCUUUGUUGAAUUUCCAGUUGAUUAGUGCAUGUUUUACACUAAGCUUAUCAUGAAAUGAAUGUGCCUUUAGCACUAAACGUCACAUAAAAUGUGCGUCAAGGAGCACAACUUCAAGUCCUACUGUCUUAACCACCAAAGUUGAACAGACAGAAAAUGUUUGCACAGAAAAGCUUGAUAUUCAUUUGGAUAACCAAACAAAGUACCAACUUUAUUAACUUGUAUUAUACCUGUAGUAUUAACUUGUAGCUUAGAACUUUAGGGCCUAUAUGUUACAACUGCAAAAUUGAAUCCAAGCAUUAAUGAGGACAUAUGCUCAACAAGAAGUGCUGAGGUAAUUGCCCCUGCUUCCAGAAUAGCUUCCCGAAGGAUAUACUUGGAUAAAAUACAUUAGUGUUCUACUUACUAUUGUUCCAAAAAGUCCAGCAUUUGCAUCUUGAGACAAAACUAAUUGGGACACUAUUGUGUUUCAUAGCACAUAUUAAGGACUGGCAUAUUAAAAAUGGUGAUAAUCUCAGGAUUUUCCUAAGCGUACAUCACUUAAUUAUUGCCUGGUUUCAAUUCUGCAAUGGUAACAUUUGACCCAAAGUAAGAAAGUUACCAUGAAUAGUUAAGCAUUGUUAAUUGACUACACAAACAUUGCAGUUCUCAUGCAAUUAAUUUCUGCUUUUGAAGUAACUCACCUGAAGAGCCAGAAUUUUGCUAUCUACCAGUGCUGAUUUCACAAAAUAUAUUUUGCAUAAAUAAAUUGUGGUUAUCUUUUACAUAGGUUAGCAGUGCAAUGUGUACAAAAAGAAAUGUCUUUAUAGGCAUCUUUAUAUUGGUACUCAUUAUGACUGUCGUGGAGGGUGCAUGUGAAGUAUUUUGCUUUUAGGCAGUCAUAUGAUGGUACAUUGUUGUGAGUGUGCCGACGCCAUUUGCUUGGGCGUGUCAUAUUUAUUGUUUGUAGAUUCACGUUUGGUGACAAUUUGCAAGCUGAAGUUGCAGGCACGUCACGUAUCUGUAAUCGCAGUUUGGGCAGGCAUGGACAAAGGUGGUGUGCAGCAGGGUUGCAUGGCAACAAUCUGUGCCGAAGAGUUUUAGUUGAAUGUUUACAUCUAGUCGAAGACCAGAGUGAUAGCACAUAAAAAAUAUCCACUGCCUUUGUAUUGAAGCCAGUUUAUGAGAUGAAAAUUUCCCGAGAGAACUGUGGAAAGGUCACACAGGUGACCAAAGCAGACAUGCUGUGUUGUAUAAUGUUUAUCAUGCAAUUUCUAGUGCAAUGAAAAACCGUUCAUGGCAGUUUGAUCCGACUGCUUUAUUUUUGUCACAUUAAUUUGUUGUUAUUGCCACUUUGCUUUCCUUAUUUUUUUGUUAUUGCAGUGAAAGAUUUCAGGAUGCGAAUAUCAGUCAGAUCAAUCAUGUACGUUCUUUGCAUGGUGAUGUACAAUAAAUAACUGUAGUAUCUUAUGCACUGCAAUUUGCCAAGUCUUGUCAGAGCUGAUUUCUUCCAGCUUACAGGUUUUAACAUUGCCAUGUUGAACUAUGUUGUGCUGUUUUUCAGGCAUUCAUCCAUCAGCGAUCAGCGCUUUUCUCAAAAGAGCCUGCUGGCUCACAUCACUGUUCAAUCGAUCUAUGUCAUUUAGUCGGCUGAUGCCAGUCUUCUUUUCAAAAAUGGAUUGUUAUUAUUGUUUAUAGCUGAAGUAUUGAAAAACAUUUUUGUCUCGCAUAGCCAACAAGAAAAGUUGUACUAACAAUUUUGCGAUGGUUUGCAUAAGGUAUUGGGAAAAACGCUUGUAUGCACACUGUUAAGAAAUUGUGCGCUUUUGUGUAAAUGGAGUGACGAAUACAUAGCAUGCGGUUUGGUGGCGCAGCUGCGUAGUUACUUAAUUUGUCCAGCCACCGCUGUUGUCUAGCUAGUGAGCCAAUUAGCUGAUGUGCAUUGGGGCGACUGUCCAAGAGUUGAACAAGUCUCCACGUACCUGACAGUGUUGUGUUACGCACUGUGCGUCCUCGCCACAAGAAGUGUCCAAGUUCCGCAGAAACGCGCUUGCUUGAGGCUACAACUGUGCACUCAUAUGGCUCUCGUGUCUACUCAAAACACGAGUGUACUGCAUUGCUCUCUUUGUAUAGCAUCACUUGUCCAUAAAGGGGUAGCAGCUGAUUUUCUCGCCCACGGACCACAAUGCGCUGGGCAACAAUGUUAGCAGCAUCACGUGCACCUGCUGCUGCGACAGUAGCCACCUUAUCUCUAGAUGUGUUUGAAAGAAAAUGUCUAAUAAUUCCCAGCGUUCCUUUUCUAUUCUGAUGAAGAUGAAAACGUACUGCGUGGGAACUAGCCAGCCACCCUGUGACAAGAAGGUGUAUUAUGUAAGGGCAUUCCCGCGAAUGGAAAGGAUGCAAAGAAAAAAAAAUCGUGAGGCAAGACACAGAGAAAGGAACAGGAAGAUGUGUCUUGCCUCCCAAUUUUUUUCUCUAGUAUCCUUUCCAUUUGCUGGCACGCCCUUACAAAGUGCCAUGUACCAACUCACCCAACAGGCCACUCUUAAGAAGGUGUAAUGUCAUGAAGAAGCAUAUCAGGCAGCACUUUUAGGACAACUCAGCAGAGCUGUAAUAGCCAUGUCACUUUAACCACACUGAGUUGCUCAAUCUGGUCUAACUGAAGUGAACCUUUUGAUUACAAAGAUAAUCGGGAGGCAUGGUAAAAGUUGCAGUACAACACCUUUGGCAAAGAAACUUUUUUUUUUUUUAAUGCAGCAUGUUACUUGGAAUGUACAUUGAUCACAGUGAUGUCGUGGAGCUUUCUGAAUAAAAGAUGUGCAUUGCUGUGCAGCA